AUGGUUGUUCCUCGAUGGUUGUUCUUAUUCAUGUCUUUUGUGCAUCUAAUAAUAGGAAUCGGGCUAUUGUCUUUGAUUAUUUCCCUUUCUAUGGUUCCAAAUUCCCCAAAAUUCAAGGUCCAAUCAGUAAAUACAAUAACUCCCCUCGUCACACAACAAAUUAGCAACACUACUAUUAACACUUUCAGUGGUAGUUUCAACAUCGCCUUAUGGAUUGGUAAACCUAACAAUGGCAUCCUCAAACAGCAAGCUAAUGUCUCGGUCUACUAUCGCAACCAAUUACUCGUAUCCUCCCCUUCAAUAAUUAAGUCCUUUUGUCCUGAUCACCCUACUUGCAAUAAUGUUCGUUACACCCUGGUGCCUCUAACGAUUAAGGUUUCUUUAGCCCCAAUUUUCGAUAACUCCAACGCCUUAUCUAUGGCAUCGGAGAUCGAUUCCGGGAAAGUGACCCUUAUUGUUAAGGUGAAUACAAAGGACUAUAGAACAAGGUCAUGGUGGGUUGGUAAGGACACUACGGAGCUGAAUGUGACAUGUAAUAACGUCAAGCUUGGUGCAUCGAAUGGGGUUGUGCUUGGUAACUCAAAGCCUUGUGAUGUGUAUUGGUAUAUCGAUGAUUACAAGAAAUCGUCUUACAUGUAG